CCCGUCACAGCCGCGGCAUGAACGGCGGGGGCCCGAUGGCUGGCAGCGGGACCGGGCCCCAAGGGGGCCGCCUCCGGGCUUACCCGGCUCUGCCCGUGUGGGUGGUGGAGGACCACCAGGACGUGCUGCCUUUCAUCUAUCGUGCCAUUGGUUCAAAGCAUCUCCCUGGCAGUAACAUCACCUUUGUUCAUCUUGAUUCCCAUCCAGACCUUCUUAUUCCUGUGAAUAUGCCUGCAGACACUGUAUAUGACAAAGAAGCUCUUUUUAGUGAAUUAAGUAUUGAGAACUGGAUUAUGCCUGCUGUUUAUGCUGGCCAUAUUUCUCAGGUAGUUUGGCUUCACCCACCCUGGGCUCAGCAGAUCUCAGAAGGAAAACACAAUUUUUUAAUUGGGAAAGACAUAUCAACAACUACAAUCAGGGUAACAGGUACAGAUAAUUACUUUUUAAGUGAUGGUCUUUAUGUCCCUGCUGAUCAGCUGGAAAACCAGAAACCUUUGAAUUUACACGUCAUUCUCAUCAAUCCUACUGAAGCAUCAAACAACUGGGAAGAAAAUGGUGAAGUAGCAUCUGCUAAGAGACUGAAGCUAAAUACAGAUGACACAGCAAGCACUGCUUCUGCCUCUUCAUCAGUGGCUCCUAACCUUGAUUACAGCACAACAAAUGUGAAGAAAAAGGAAGUGCAAAAUACAGGUGCCCUGAACAGGACAGAAACCUUAGAGUGCUCAGCUUCAAGCUCUCUAAGAAACAGUGAAUGCCCAAUAAGAAAUGUUGUUGAAGAUGUUUGCCAAGUAUUGAAGAAAGGGGAUGCAUAUGUUUUAGACAUUGACUUAGAUUUUUUUUCAGUUAAAAAUCCAUUCAAAGAAACAUACACACAGAGAGAAUAUGAGCUUUUGCAAGAGUUGUACAUUUUCAAGAAGCCUCAUAGAAAUGCGACAGAGGAGGGCUUGCUGGAUUGUGUUGAAAACCGUAUUCAUCAGCUAGAAGAUCUGGAAGCAGCAUUUGCAGAUUUGUGUGACAGUGAUGAUGAAGAAACCAUACAGAAGUGGGCUUCAUAUCCUGGAAUGAAGCCACUUGUUCAACUAGUUCACAGUUUGAAAACCAGGAUGGAAAGCCCAGACUAUGAAAUGGUCCAUCAGGCUGGUCUGACUUGUGAUUAUAUGGAGCUUCCUCACCAUGUUAGCACUGAAGAGGAGAUCGAAGGCCUCAUAAAAUCCAUUAAAGUUCUACUGAAAGAUAUGCCUAAGCCCACACUCGUGACAAUUGCUCGAUCAAGUUUGGAUGACUAUUGCCCUUCAGAACAGGUUGACAUCAUUCAAGAAAAGGUUCUCAAUUUACUAGAUUCGGUGUAUGGCACUCUUGAUGUGCACUUAGAUUACUUAAGCAUCUCUUCUUCUGUGUGACUUUUCUUCAUGCAUUGCCCUCUAAUGCAGUGGAUUAAUUUAAAUUGCAUAUUACCUGUGGUUGCAAGUGGGAAAAUGCUGUUAUUUCAGCAGGUGGCACUAGAACCCAAGCUGACCCAGAGCCAGGUUUGAGUCAGAUUGCUUUUUCCAAGUUAGCUGCAUCUGAACUGACUUUGUUCAGAUCAGUUCUGUGGUUAUUAUUUUUACUGUCUUGCUUCUGUAAACUGGUGCAAGAGAAACUGGUUUUGUCUAUAAAAUGUAUUUUGUCACCUGAUUUCCUUAAGUGUCUGUAAAAAAAAAAAAAAAUUAAAAUAA